AUGGGCAUGGAUGUAGUCCGUCGAAAUGGUGGAGGCACAUGGGAAUUUGAUGAAGAAGCAGGCGAAAGAGAUGAGUUUCAGAUUGACCAACUUUUGCGCGAUUUCGAAGAUGAAACUCCGAUUAACCACGACGUCUUGCCUGAGACUGAUGACGAAGCAGAAGCAGAAGGCGGUGCUCAACAGAAAAUGCGUUCGGAGAUAAAACGUGGUGAUGGGCAUUUGUAUCAAAGUCAAACAUUCUUCAAUGGGGUAGCUUUUAAAGAGAGAGUUCUCAAUUAUGCUCUUAGAACAUGCUACAACAUCAAACAAACCAGGUAUGACAAGGAUAAGAUUAGUUUUGAGUGUGUUGGUUGUAAUGAGAAGUAUGAAGGUUGUGAAUGGAGAAUUUAUGCAUCGAUUCAUCCAAAAGAUGCAGUCUGGAAAGCUAGGUUGUUUGUGGAUAAACAUACGUGUGAGGUUACUGGGGAAUGUGAAAUGAUAAAGGUCCCUGUUAUAGCUAGAUUGUUUGUUGAUAAGAUCCGUGAAGAACCAGAGUACUAUAUGCCAAUGAAGAUAGAAGACUUAGUCAUGUCGAAUUGGGGAAUUAGUGUGUCUAGGCCUCAAUGUCAAGCUGCAAGAAAUACGGAUUUGAAGUGGAUUCGUAGUGAAAAUGCUCACCAGUUUUCAAGUUUACGAGAUUACGCUGCUGAGAUAGUACACUCAAACCCUGGUUCGUCUGUCGAAGUUGAUACUAUCCAGAAUGAAGCGAAAGAAGAUGUGUUCAGCCGGUUUUAUGUUUGCUUUGAUGUCCUCAGAAAGACAUGGAAGGAUUCGUGCAGACCAUUGAUAGAACUUGAUGGUUGUUUUUUGAAAGAGAGAAUCAAGGGACAAUUGUUGGUCGCUUUAGGCAGGGAUGCGGAUAAUUCUAUAUAUCCAAUUUCUUGGGGUGUGGUGGAGGUGGAAAACAAUGAGAAUUGGCAAUGGUUUGUGAAAAAGCUGAAGGUUGAUUUGGAUCUAAAGGAUGGUGAUGGGUUCAUUGCUGUUUCAGACUGUCAUAAGAGUUUAAUGAGGACUAUUAAGAUAAAGUUACCAAAGAUGGAACACGGAAAGUGUGUAAGACACAUUUAUGGGAAUUUGAAGAAGAGCCAUGGAAGCAAAAAACAUAUGAAGCCAUUCAUAUGGAAUUUGGCAUGGAGCUACAAUGAAUCAGAGUUUCAAGAGAACUUGGACAGAUUAAGGUGCUAUGAUACAAGAGUCUAUAAUGACGUUAUGGCGUCAAAUCCUAGGAGUUGGUGCAAAGCUUUCUACAAGCUGGGAAACUACUGUGAAGAUGUUGAGAACAACUCCACAGAAUCUUUCAACAGCUCCAUUAACAAGGCAAGAGAGAAGCUGUUUGUGCCUAUGCUAGAAACAAUAGCAAGGCUUGCUAUGGCGCGUAUUGCCGUAAGAUCUCGAGAAUCUCAUGAGCACACAGGAAAGUGUACACCUUAUGUCUCUAAAGUUCUCGCUAUAGCCUUUAAAGAUACAAAGACUCAAGAUGGAGCAAAGAAAUGUGUAGUGACUAGAAGUGUUAAAGGCUUCUUUGACUCAAGGCUGAAUGGACAAACUCACCGUGUUUCUUUGGACAGUUGGUCGUGUUCUUGCAGGAAGUGGGACAUCACUGGAAUACCAUGUAAGCAUGCUUAUGGUGUGAUCUUGAAGCUGAAGCUUGAUGUUGAAGAUUAUGUGUGCCACUGGUUUCGGACACUUAUGUGGAGAAGAAACUAUACAGAUGGACUAAUUCCAAUUAGAGGUUCUCGGUUUUGGCCAGCAACAGAUUCUCCGGAUGUUCAUGCUCCACCUGAACCAGAAGUACCAGAAGAAGAAGCAGCAUCAAAAGAAGCAGGAAAAGAAUCAGCAAAGAAGAAGCUCACCAAGGCUGACAAGACAAGGAAGAAAGGUGUUAAUGAGUCUCCAACUAAGAAGCAACCAAAAGCGAAGAAGAGGAUCAUGCAUUGCGGAAUUUGUGGUGCGCCUAAUCACAACUCGAGGUUUCACAAGGAUGAUUCUUCACAGAUAUGUGUUUCUGUUUCAUUUUAA